AUGAUAGCAUCACUCGGCGCUAGCGCAGUCCUAGACUACAGCGCCAUGCGCUCCCCUCUCGCUCAGCCACGAAACAGCAUCCUAGGCCAGACAUUCUCCGCGAUCGUCGGUGUGGCCAUCGCAAAGCUAUUCCAGCUCAAUCCCUCCCUUUUUGCUCAAUACUUCUGGCUCAGCGGCGCUAUAGGUUGUGCUUGUGCGAGUUUUGUGAUGAGUGCGACUAAUACUGUACACCCGCCUGGAGGAGCUACGGCGGUCUUGGCGAGUACGGAGAUGGCUAUCGUGGCUAUGGGAUGGAUGUUCGUGCCGCUAGUGUUGCUGGGGAGCGUCUUGAUGCUGGUGGUGGCUUGCUUAGUGAACAACCUUGGAAGGCAAUAUCCUGUAUUUUGGUGGACGCCGGAGGACGUUGGUGCGAAGUUGAGGAAGGCGAGGAGGGAGGAGAGGGAGGAGAAGAAGGCGGAGAGAGAGGGUAGAAUAGACGGUGGGAGGCUUGAGAAGCAGAUGUCAGAGACUGAGAGCGAACGCACUCUCCGCCACGAAUUCAACAACCAUGUUGAGUAUGACGAUACUGCUCACGAGAUCCGCAUCAUGCCGUAUAAGCUCUUGAUACCGUCACAUAUCGAGGUGACGCCUGAGGAGGUUAUGUUGCUGUCGGAAUUGCAGCAGCGGAUACGUGCUCAUGAUGAGACGGGAGUAUCUGGCUAG